CGCCGAAGUAAACAAUGUGCGUUUCGCUUACAAUCUCACUUCAAAGAAACAUGCUUGUUAGUUUGAAACUGUAAAUAUUACCAAAAUGAAGCGAUUAUCAGAGGAACGGACAAAAAUUCUAUUCGAAAAACUCUCGAAAUACAUCGGUUCCAACGUCAAACUGUUAAUUGAUCGCGCCGAUGGAACCUACUGCUUUCGGGAGAUGAACUCCCGCGUAUAUUACAUGUCUGAAAAAAUCAUAAAGCUAGCGGAAGGACUGAAGCAGAAUGAGCUUGUGUCUGCCGGUACCUGUUUCGGAAAGUUUACGAAAGGUAACAAAUUCAUCUUACAUAUAACCGCUCUCAGCUACCUGGCGCCAUACGCACAGUAUAAGAUAUGGGUAAAACCGGCUGCAGAGCAACAAUUCUUAUACGGAAAUCAUGUGGCGAAGUCCGGGCUGGGACGUAUCACAGAGAACACACCUAUGUACCAGGGCGUCAUUGUGAUGUCCAUGAAUGAUACACCUCUUGGAUUCGGAGUGGCGGCCAAAUCAACUACAGAUUGUAAACUUGCAGAUCCACUAGUGACGGUCUGCUUUCAUCAAGCGGACAUAGGAGAGUAUAUCCGGUCGGAGGAUACGUUGAUUUAGUGAAUAAAGAUAGCAGAUAAAG